AUGCUACAAUCAACUUUUUGGUUCUCACUUUUUAUUCUUUUCACUUUUGCCAAUGCUGUCGAAAAGAAAUGUCCAGCUGUGAAGCGAGGUAUAUCUAUAUCAUUUUUUAUUUAGCCUAACUUUACUUUUCUCUUUUUUAGGUGCAUGUUGUAAUGCUCCAGUUCUAUCUGGAUGUAAACUUCCACGUCAAUGUUAUCGCUAUAUUAUGGCAAACUGUCCAGAUCGUAAAAUUGCAGUAUUUUCAAGAAAAAUCGGAGAAGAUAGACGACUUUCACCAAAAAAGCAUUUGGUAUGUUUUUAUACUCUAUUCAGAACGAGAACAAUCAUAUCAAAAAUUUUUUAAGGGAAAAUGUGGUACUUCUGAAGUGAAUUAUCAACCAUGUACCUCCAAAGGAAUUGCUAAUAAACUAUUCCUAAAUUGUUGUCAAUUAUAUGUUCCUGAAGAAUGUCAUCAUAUGUGUGUUUAUGAAACCGAUCAAACAGUCACUAGAAAUAUGGUAAGUGGUGAUUCAAAAACAAUUUAUGUUGUAGGAUCUCAUCAUUAUUCAAUUCAUCAAAUCUUUGACCAAUUAGCCAAUUCACAACAUUUCACUUUUUUCCACUUGAAGCUACAAACAACUAUUUUUAAUCUAAUUAUAAUCCACUGAAUUAACAACUAUUUAUUAAUUGUCUCUGAAGGAGAGAAAAAAUUUCGCUCCCGGGUGGGCUCGAACCACCAACCUUUCGGUUAACAGCCGAACGCGCUGCCUAUUGCGCCACGGAAGCAGAUGCUCAAACGCUGUGUAAUCUAAAAUAAAUAUAUUUUUGGUGUUUGAAGUUAGAAAGAGAGAAGCAGAGUUGAAAUGAAUGUUGUGUGUGCACACACAUUUGUAAAACAAGAAUUGGUAGAACAAAUUGUGAAAAUUGAAAAAAAAUGUUUGCAGCUUGUGAAUAUGAGGAAAGAUAGUCAAUGUCGAAUCAAACAUCUUUCAUCAAUUUUAUACUGUGCCAGUCAAAAUAGGGACAAUCGAAAAUGUUGUCUGGAUUUGGAUUUGAAUGCUCCACAACUUCAAGUUGGUUCACGUUGUUUAAGAAUGUGUGAUCCAUCUGGAACAGCAAUUGAAAAAAUAACCAAAGAAGAUGUUACUUGUCUUUAUAAUUGGAAUGUUAUUAUGUAUUGUCAUCAUGCUGGAAUACGGGAAAUGUAA